AAGCUACUUAAUAUCCACGUGUUACGCUGUAGUGAUGUUGACGCUGUAGCGCGACGCGAUGAAUAUUCAUGAGCUCAGCCCUCGCUGUAGUAGGAUUCGAGAUGUCUGUCUCCGGAUGUGUUCAUCACAGGCGGUAGUGAUCCAGCAGCAGCAGCAGCAGCAGCAACGGCAGCGGUGAGGUGAGGUGAGCGAGUGAGAGCGACUCUCUCAGCAGCAUCAUGGCGGAGCAGAGCGACUCCCCGGCGGCCGUCCAAACCCCGCAGCCGGCGCUCACCACCAGCUGGCCCAUUGUCAAGGAGGCGUACGAGCUCCAGGAGGUGAUCGGUAGCGGAGCCACAGCAGUCGUCCAGGCAGCGCUUUGUAGCCCUCGACAGGAACGUGUGGCCAUCAAGAGAAUCAACCUGGAGAAAUGCCAGACCAGCAUGGAUGAGCUGUUGAAAGAGAUUCAAGCCAUGAGCCAGUGUAAUCAUCCUAAUGUGGUCACCUACUACACUUCAUUUGUUGUGAAAGAUGAACUUUGGCUGGUCAUGAAGCUCCUGAGUGGAGGAUCAGUGUUAGACAUCAUAAAGCACACGUUCAGCAAAGGAGAGCAUAAAAACGGUGUACUAGAUGAAUCUACAAUAGCAACCAUUUUGAAGGAAGUACUGGAAGGAUUAGAUUACCUACAUAAAAAUGGACAGAUUCACAGGGACGUGAAGGCUGGUAAUAUUCUAUUGGGAGAAGAUGGAUCGGUGCAGAUCGCAGAUUUCGGUGUGAGUGCUUUUCUGGCCACCGGUGGAGACGUCACUAGACACAAAGUGAGGAAAACAUUUGUGGGGACCCCGUGCUGGAUGGCGCCAGAGGUGAUGGAGCAGGUACGGGGUUACGACUUCAAAGCUGACAUUUGGAGUUUUGGAAUCACUGCCAUUGAACUCGCGACAGGCUCUGCACCGUAUCAUCGCUACCCCCCUAUGAAGGUUUUAAUGCUCACGCUGCAGAAUGAUCCUCCAACCUUGGAGACUGGGGUUGAGGACAAAGAGAUGCUUAAGAAGUACGGGAAAUCUUUUAGAAAACUUAUAUCCUUGUGCCUUCAGAAGGACCCUGCAAAGAGGCCCACUGCAGCCGAGCUUUUGAAAUGUAAAUUUUUCCAAAAGGCUAAGAAUCGAGAGUACCUGAUUGAAAAGCUGCUUUGUAAAGGACCAAAUAUAAGCCAAAGAGCCAAAAAGGAUCCCGAGCAGAGGAAGCAGCACACAGAGGAUGCUGGGAUACGGGUCAGAAGGGUUCCAGGGUCGAGUGGUCAUCUGCACAAGACCGAGGAUGGAGACUGGGAAUGGAGCGACGAUGAAAUGGACGCGAAAAGUGAGGAGGGGAAGGCAGCUGUCAAUCACGGAAGGUCACGCAGGGUCAGAGAAGAAAACCAGCAUGCUGAAGUGAAUGCUAACAGUCUCCCGCUAGAGGACCUGUCCAUUCAGCAUCCCCAGGUUCAACCGUUGGAGAAACCCUUGAGCGUUCAGGGAGCUGUGAACAUGGUCCUGAGGUUAAGGAACUCGAGGAAGGAGUUGAAUGACAUACGGUUUGAAUUCACUCCAGGGCAAGACACUGCUGAUGGAGUUUCUCAGGAGCUCUUCUCUGCUGGUCUGGUCAAUGGUCAUGAUGUGGUUGUGGUGGCUGCUAACCUUCAGAAGAUUGUAGAAGACCCAAUUACCUAUAAAGUAUUGACCUUUAAGUUGGCGUCUGGUUGUGACAGCACAGAGAUCCCAGAUGAGGUGAAGUUGAUUGGCUUCGCGCAGUUGAGCGUCACCUGAUAGCGUCUCAUUACCACAGCAGAGGGAGAGCAGGAGGACGGAGAGAUCGAACGCCGCAGGAGCCGCCGCUACAGCAUUUAAGACCUCUGCUGCAAAAACUCCCACCUCCUGCUCCCAUUCAGGUUUUCCUUUUCCUCCCGAUUCACCUGGCCUCUUCCGUGAAUGUUUGCACCUGUUCAAUCAAACGCAGCGCACUUAUUCAAACACACACACUCGCCCUCGUUCCCUGACGCUGUAUGCCUUUCACCAAAACAUUCCAGCAACCAUUUCCCAGAAAUCAAAGCAGGAGCCCAUCAUCUCAGGAGGCAAAAGCUAGUGAAACAAUUUUUUUUUUUUAAUUAAUAAUAUUGUUAAAUUAUAAUUACAAUUGUUAUUGUGUUACCUCUAAGCUCUUGCCGUAUUAUUAUUGUUAUCAUUAAGAAAAAAUGCCUUUCGUUUCAUGUGAUAAGAGUAGCGCAGAACGUAGACCACAAAACUGAAGUGGAGACGUCUCCCUCUGAAUGUAAAAAGCACAUUUUCCUUCUGAAUGUUAACACAUUCAAACUGUAUUGUACAUAGACCUUCUGAUGUUGAAAAUAAGGGAAUAUUUUGUUGUUUUAGUUCCAGCUCAAGAGUACGAGAGCAGAGAACCGAAUGCUGCCAUGUGCAAACGUACUGCUUUCUUUUUUCGGGACAGUGUUGAUGCUUCGACGCUAGAGGUGCCUUGUUUUUUUUAAUCUGUGCCUAAGAAACGUAGGUUACAAGCUUGAAGCCGUUCGGCUGAUGCUGAGCGGGAAGAACGCUGCUCUUCAGCGGAUUCACCCAUAGUAUUCUCACCGGUCAGUGGCUCAUGUUGAAGUUAACAGCUGAUGCACUUUGAUUUCAUGCGGUGCGAUGUACGUGCACCUGCUGCGCUUAGACCCUACCUAACUAUUCAGAUUUCACCCGUUAAAGGGGUAGUUCACCCAAAAAUAAAAAUAACCUCAUGCUCAAGCCAUUCUAGGUGUAUAUGACUUUCUUCUUUCAGACGAAUACAAUUGGAGUUAUAUUAAAAAAAAAUGUCCUGACUCUUCCAAGCUUUAUAACGGCAGUGAAUAAGUGUUGAGAUUUUGAAGUAUGGAUAUUUUUUGUUUCACAAAUGCAUUGACUACUACUCUGUAAAAGCCAUGUGGAGUACUUUUUAUGAUGGAUGGAUGCACUUUUUAAAAAAAUGUCCUGGCUCUUCCAUGCUUUAUAAUGUCAGUGAAUGGGUGUUGAGAUUUUGAAACCCAAGAAAGCGCAUCCAUUCAUCAUAAAAAGUGCUCCACAAGGCUCCUGAGGGUUAAUAAAGGCCUCCUAAAGCAAAACAAUGCAUUUGUGUAAGAACAAUAUCCAUAUUUAAAACUUUAUAAAUCCAUUGGUUGGGUAAAAAAAAAAAAAAAAACAUUGUUAAAAAUGACCCA